CACAGAGGAGGCAGAGAAAAUAACAAGGCAAAAGGGAGAGCUGGUGAAAGAGGGAAGAGCUAUGAAAAAGCGAGGGAGAAGGUGAAAUCACAGCAGCACUGAGGAGAGCCCUAACAAGGAGGAGAGGAAGGAUGACUAGAGGAGAGAGCGCUGAUCAGUGAGGUCUCCAGGGAGAGAAAAAAGAGAAGAGAGGAAGGAGAUGAGGAGGAGAGGGGGGAUGAGCAGGCAGCACACAGAACAAGCAUCAGCUCAGGCGGCCAUGCUCUGAGCCCUGGAGCAGACACUGCACAGGCCCAGCAUCAGGCCUACCUCAGCCCUCUGUCCCAGUCCAACACAUUCAGACAGGGACCAAAGAAGAUCCACAUCCACAGCUGCACGUCAGAACCAUGAGGACGGCCAGGAAGGGCAGCGUGGAGAUGCCUGCAUUUGUGCGGCAGCUGGUGAAAGAGACAGAAAAGAGGGUCAGCUCUUUCUUCAAGGGGGGGCGUGGAGGAGGAGCAGCGGAGGGGGAGCAUCCAGCUGAGGGGGAGAAAGAGGAGGUCAUCCCCAGCCCCUACCUGGACCGGCCAGUCCUGGACAAGCUCACAGAGGAGGGCUGCACCCGCUGGGGCCUCACCUAUGCCCUGGGCAGCAUGCAGGGCUGGAGGGCCAACAUGGAGGACUUUCACAACUGUGUGCCACAGUUGGGUGGAGAGCUGGCAGACUGGAGCUUUUUUGCAGUGUUUGAUGGCCAUGCAGGCAGCACAGUGGCACAGCACUGCUCUCAACACCUUCUGGGUCACAUACUGGCCACAGGUGGAAUUAGACCAGAGGACGACCCUGAGAAGGUGAAAGGAGCCAUCAUAGAGGGCUUCCUCCAGACAGACAAGCAUCUGCACACUGUGGCACGUCGAGAAGGGUGGGAGAGGGGAGGCACCACAGUGGUGGCCACCCUCAUCUCUCCAUAUUACAUCUACUUUGCCAACUGUGGUGACUCGAGGGCGAUGCUGUGCAGAUCUGGCCAGGUUUGUUUCUCCACUGAUGACCAUAAACCUUACAGCCCUCUGGAGAAAGAACGCAUCGAGAGCGCAGGCGGCUCCGUGUCCCUCCAAAGGAUCAAUGGCUCCUUGGCAGUGUCCCGCGCCCUGGGAGACUUCAGCUACAAAGGGGCAGAGAAUCGAAGCCCCAGCCAACAGAUGGUCUCACCAGAGCCCGAGGUCUGCGUCAUAGAGCGCUCACCAGCCGAUGAGUUCCUGGUGCUGGCCUGUGAUGGGGUUUGGGACACCAUCACCAAUGAGGAGCUGUGCGCCUUCAUCCACAAUCGUCUACAAGUCUGCACUGACCUGAGGGACGUCUGCACCCAAGUCAUUGACCUGUGUCUCUACAAGGGCAGUUUGGACAACAUCAGCAUCAUCUUGCUGUGCUUCCCCGGAGCCCCCCAGCUGUCAGCUGAGGCAUUACACCAGGAGGCUGAGCUCGAGGACCUGCUGGAGUCCAAAGUAGCAGAGAUUUAUGAUGAGCUGUGUGCCAGGGGAGAGGAACCCGACCUGCUCUCUGUCCUCACAGUCCUUGCGUCCACUGUCAUCCCCGGUUUACCACCAGGGGGAGGCAUACAGAGCAAAAGGAACUGCAUUAUUUCUGCUUACUAUCAACAAAGAGAAACACACAAGCCAACAGUACCAAAUGGACUGGGAGGCUCCUGAGAUGUCCAGCAGAUCCAUAAAGAGACUGUAAUUAAUGUCAGUGUUUAAACUGUUUUCUUCAUUUGACAAAAAGGGAUAUGAUGAACAGACGGGGUGUUUGUUUACGUCAUGCCAGCAAAGAGCAUCUUGUCAAAACAAAUACAAUGCAAAAAUAAAUACAAUAAAGCUUGAUACACUUUAUAUUUGUACAAGGACAUUUUGUAAAACAUACUCAGAGACACUGACCUAGAAACAAACCUCUGCCUCACAUUCACUGAACAGAAAAUACAGACGAAAAUAUGGCCUGGAAACUGAACAUUAGGUUAUUAGGGCAACUGGAUGAUAAAGGUAUGAGAGUAAAGUUAGAAUAUUUUAAGAAAAAAUACGUGUUAUUUUAUUUUAUUUUAUUUUAUUUUAAGAAAAAGGCUUACUUGUGGAAGAGUUGUCAAAAUUACCAGCUGAACCAUACACAGAAGUUACUGUUUGUAUUUAAUGACAUGAGCCUUUACUGUUUUGUUAUAUUUUUGACAAGAUUCCUUAAUUUCUCUUAAGAAAUAUCAGAUAAUACUCUCAAGUGUAUUCCUCGAAAAUUGUUGCGUUUAUUGUAAAACAUGACUUUAUUCUCAUGAUAGAAUGGUUUAUUUCUUAAAAUAUUCUAACUUUAUUUUGAUCUGAUUAUGUUUAUCCUCAGUUUGGCCCUAAUAAUCCUUCGUAAAAUAUAAACCUACUGUGAAACUGUACAAUUUAAUGCGGUAAAAUAAGAAAUAGUAGUAUAUGUGGGGGUUGUAGUUCAAAGUUUUAUGUUUUAUGAAUAGAAAUUAGAAAAUAGACAUUUUAAGUCUGUUGAUCGACCUUCGCUGGUCUCAAGCUAGCAUGGAUCUAAUAAAUCCAUUUGUUUUUACAUGAAAUAUGAACAGUGUUAUCUCUUUGAGCCGAGGGGAAUGUACAAUUUUAUAUUUAUGGUCAAUUGAGAUAAGAUAAAUAAAUAUUUACUAUUGCGUUCAUUAAAUAUCAACACAUACACUGACAGAAUUGCACAAUAUAAGUAAAAAUACAUUUCACAAAUUGAAAUGUUUGUACUACAUUUUGUUGAACAUGUACAAUAAGAAAAGUCUAUUCAACUUAUUUAAUAGAAAUGAAAUGAUUAUUUACGUAAUAUGCUGAAGUUGGAUUUUUUUUUUUUUUUUUUUUUUUUUUACCAAAACAUGAAUUGAUUUGGGAAAAUUCAUCUGUAAAAUUUCAACAACUGGUGGAUUAAACUAAACUAGAUCAAUUCUAAACUCCUACAUGCACAGUUCAUUCUUUUUUAUCAUAUAUUUCUCAUUCAUUAGUACAGUGUAUGUGAAAUGUAUUUUUUCUAUAGGAGAUGGUUGAUACUGUAUGUACUGUGCUGCCUUAUUAUUAUCUUUUAUAAGAAAAAACAAACAGCAUCAACAUGUCUGAUUCAGAGCAGGUCCAUUAUCAUACUGUAUUGCUGUAUUAGUUUGCUGAGUAAUUUUCUGUGUAAAGACAUUGUAAGUUAAGAGUUAUGAUUGUUUUUAACCUAAAUAAAGAAUAUUUGACUGAC